AGUGAUGGCCUCUGAAGUGAUGAACCUGAGUUCUGCGACCACAUUCAUCUUGGUUGGUUUCUCAGAAUAUCCACAGCUCCAAAUACCCCUCUUCCUCCUGUUCUUGACCAUCUACUCAGUGACAUUGAUGGGGAACCUGGGCAUACUUGUGGUUAUAAAGAUCAAUCCCAAACUUCACACACCCAUGUACUUUUUCCUCAACCACCUUUCAUUUUUGGAUAUAUGCUAUUCUAGUGUAUUUACACCCAAACUUCUGCAGAUCUUGAUCACAGAAGAUAGGACCAUUUCUUUCAAAGGAUGCAUGAUACAAUUUUUCUUUAUUUGUACAUUUGUGAUUACAGAAAUGUUCAUGUUAGCAGUGAUGGCCUAUGACAGAUUUGUGGCUGUUUGUAAUCCCCUACGCUAUACAGUUGUAAUGCCUCUUCAAUUCUGUGCUCUGCUAGUAGCUGGGACAUACAUGAUUGGAGGAUUGUGUGCUGUGAUACUCAUAUAUACUCUUUUGCAACUAUCAUAUUGUGAAUAUGGCAUCAUCAAUCACUUUGGCUGUGAAUACUCUGCUGUCAUCUCUGUGUCUUGCUCUGACUCCUCCUUUAGCCAGCUGACAUGCUUAGUCAUUUCUAUACUUAGUGAAUCUUCCAGUGUCCUGAUCACCUUAGCCUCAUAUGUGUUCAUAGUUGUCACUAUUAUAAAGAUGCCUUCCAAAGGAGGACUACGAAAAGCCUUUUCUACCUGUACUUCCCACCUGACUGCUAUAACAAUUUUCCAUGGAAUCUUACUCCUUCUAUAUUGUGUUCCCAACUCAAACAGCUCACGGCUCUUUGUCAAAGUGGCCACUGCUCUUUACACAAUCAUGAUCCCCAUGCUGAACCCCCUUAUCUAUAGCCUUAGAAAUAAGGAUGUGAAGGACACAGUCAGGAGACUUUUCAGCUCAAAACUGCACUCUCACUUGAUAUAAUUAUGAAUAGUGUGCUGUGUGUAUGUGUGUGUGUGCAUGUGUGUGUGUGUGUGUGUGUGUAUGUCAUGAUGAGACACAGGAAGAGGCAUACAUUGAGACAGAGAAACAGUGAUAGGAAAAGAAAGGUGAAAGGGGGGCAGAAGACUGUGGUACUUUCCUUACUUUUUCUCUAUUUUAUAUAGAUACAGUGUAGUUUGACCAACUACUUGUAAACAAUUUCAGAGUAGGCAAUAUUUAGAAUCUUCUCUUCUAGACACCGUGGAUGUUAGGAUUCAGAUGUUUAAAGUUCAUUACAAUUUUUAAUAUGCAGUUGGUCUUAUAAGAAUUCUUUACAUUCAGAUGAUAGUUAUCUCUAUGGAAUCUAUACUUUUGUGCUCAUAUGUCACAAGUUGUCUCAGUGCUAUUGUGUAACAUUUACCUUUGCUUUAAUUAUUUAUCUUAUUUCAGACAGCAAUCCUAUGUGUUUUUGUGUUUUAUAUUAUGAAAAUAUCAUCUCAUAUUAAGAAAGUCAAUAAAUCUAAAUUACUCUAUUUCUCACCAAUUCUAGAUAAUAAUAUAUUAUGUUUAAAUGUUGAGGCAGAAAUGAUAUCAAUUAAUUGCUCUAUUUUAUUGUAAUAGCACAUAAAUCAGUUAUUCAAUGA